CUUCCUCAUACUCUCCCUUCCUCGGGACAACCUCCGAAUUAAAAUUACCCCCUCGAUUAUAACUUUAUUACGAUCAUGCCCUUCCCUGCCUUCAUUUCUCUCCGGCUUAGUUUUUUUUCUUUCUUCCCGAAAUAACCCUCCAUCGUAUUCUAAUUUACCUUCUCUCAUUUGCAAGUCGGGUCGGAUUGAAUCCAGAAUUAAAUGAUAGCUCCGAACGCAUUGUUCCUUUCAUCCUUCUAGAAUAUUCUGUUUUACUUCAAAUUUCUUGUCAAGGUGUUUGACUGCUGCUUUUGGUUGUCUAGGGCUUUGCAUGCUGUAAAAAUACACAGAUUUAUUAUUUAUUUCAAAACAAUCCAUGGAGCUGAAAGUCUCAUCGCCUAAGCCCGGUGGUACUUCUGCUGCUGAUUGCAUAAGUGAUCCGGAGGAGAAAGAAGUCAGUGAUGAGGAAGAUGAUGAUCGCAACCAUAAGCAUCGUAGGCGGGAUACAUGUUCUCAAUCAUUAGAGAGAGAUUCUACAGAUCCUGUAUUUACAAGGCCAUACAGAAAGCGCAGUAAACCUUUAGAAAAUGGGCAUAAUGAAUCUCAAGCAGGUGAAACCUGCAAAAAUUCUAACAGUUUGCUUCUAGAAAAAGACUUGACAUCUAAGUUUGACAGAAGAUACCCUGGAUUAGCAUCACUUCCUCGAGGACAUUUGGAUCUGAACCAGAGAAUUAGGUCAAACCAAACAUUCAGUGGAGAUUCUGGUCCUGGUCGGGGAAGAGGAAGGGAUAACUCUUCUUGGAAUCACCGUGAUUCAAGGUUCAACUCUGUUGAUAUUGCUUAUCAAUUGGUUCAGCCAGGAUCUGUUGCUCCAAGUCUCUUUGCCGGAAGGGGAUUGCCUAAUCUUUCAAACACACAAGCCCCAUCAUGGAGUGCCUUUGGCCUUAUGCCAGGAAUACCAAAUGGCAGCCUUGAUACACUCCACUCUAUUGGUUUACAAGGGGUGCUUAGGCCACCAAUGAAUUCUUCAUUAAAUAUGGGCAUUCCUCGCCAACGCUGUAGAGACUUUGAGGAGCGGGGAUUUUGUCUAAGAGGAGACAUGUGUCCAAUGGAGCAUGGUGUCAAUCGUAUUGUUGUUGAAGAUGUUCAGAGUCUGUCACAGUUUAACCUUCCUGUUUCAGUUCCAAGUGCACAAAUAUUGGCAACAUCAGCUGGACCUGGGCCGCUACCUUCUGUUCUUCCUCCUUCAAUCACAUUGGUGAACGGCAAGGGUAUACAUAGCAAAAGUAGCAAGUCUGGAAUGACUGAGGAUGCUACAGUUUUGAAUUGUGCAUAUACUGCUACUACUAGUGCAGGUGGUGAUUUGUAUGAUCCUGAUCAACCCUUGUGGAAUAACAACGGCCCAGAAGUAUCGGCAGCACUCACAGGACAGUGUUCGCCCAAGAUUAAUGAAACGGAACCAUUGCGAAAUGAUGAUAUCUCUGAUCUUCAUCAUGGCAUGUUAUGUGAGAGUGCUGAUAAUGAAUUGCCAAUUAGAAGCAGCAGGUCACAGGGCAUGAAUUUAUCAGUUUGGGGUAGAAUCGGUAGCUCCAGAAGUAGAAUAGAAGCAAAAGAUAAAAUUGAUCAUUUACCCUCAGACCAUCUUGAGAAUGAAACCAAGAAGGAAAAAGAACCAUUUCCUAGCUCACAAGACACUUCCUGUCAAGUUAAGCGGAUCAGCAGUGAGGACGAUGGCUCCAAAGUUAUGGAUUCGUCAUUGAAGUCACAGAUUGAUUUGCAUAGUCGCAGAAAACCUACUCAAAAGGCACUCCGUACACUUUUUGUCAAUGGGAUUCCCCAGAAAUGUAACAAAAGAGAGGCUCUUCUGUCUCAUUUUCGUAAGUUUGGAGAGGUUAUUGACAUUUAUAUUCCACAAAAUAGUGAACGGGCAUUCAUCCAAUUUUCAAGGAGGGAAGAGGCAGAAGCUGCUCUUAAGGCACCUGAUGCCGUAAUGGGUAACCGCUUUAUUAAGCUCUGGUGGGCUAAUAGGGAUAGCAUAACUGAUGAUGGCGUGAACAGUGGCAGUGGCAGUGGCAGUGGCAUGCCAGUAACUCCAAGUGGUCUAACAGCUUCUGGAGUUCCACCUCAACCUGUUGCUAAUAAAGAAAAGGAUAAUCUUCAACGUAUUGCUCAGAAGAGUAAUGUUGUCGAAGACACUGAUGUACCUUCUUUGAAAUCCCCUAAAUCUGUUAGUACGAAUGGUCCCCAGGCUCCACCUCUGUUGCAGAAAAAGUUAGAGACUCUGGAGCGAAUGAAAGAGGAACUACGCAAGAAGCAGGAAAUGCUGGAGCAGAAGCGGAAUGACUUCCGGCGCCAGUUGAACAAACUUGAGAAACAAUCAAGUAUUGUCAAGGAUGAUCCACUGUCUGAGCCAGCGGCUAAGAGGCACAAGGUUGGAAGUGCAGCUGAUCCUGCAAAAGUUUUGAUUCCUAGUUCCUCUGAACCCAGUGCUUCUGCAGCAAAAACAUGCACUAAAGAGAUGACAGAUAAAAACAAAUCAAUGGAAAAUGUUGUUUCUCGAAGUCCAAAAUCAAGUACCACCAUGGCAUUGCAGGAAUCUAUGGGCUCAAAGCAGCAGUACUGUAAGCCUCGUCAGUCUGCACCCAUGAGGCAUCCAUUCCUGAUGAAUAAAUACAGAUUGGACAACCGACCUACUGCUUUUAGAGUUAUUCCGCCAUUGCCUUCUGGUUUUGCAGAUGUUGAUGUUUUGAAGGAGCACUUCUUACAAUAUGGAGAUCUUUUCUCUGUGGAGCUACAAGAUGUGGAAAAUGAAGAUAAUGGUGAUAUCGGAUCUGAGGCAUUGAAGAAAUGCUCAGCUCUUAUAACAUACAGCACACGCCAAUCGGCAGAAAGGGCUUAUGUAAAUGGUAAAUGCUGGCAAGGCAACAAUUUGCAGUUUAAAUGGUUGAUAUAUAACACUAACCCUAGUAGCAAAGAAACUUCAUCUUCCGCACCAAAGGAGCCUUUAGAAGCCGAUGUCACAAAAGAAGAGAAAACAGCACACAGCGUUGCCCAAGAAGUCGUUGGUUCAGGCAAUGGGGAGUCCGAGAAUUCGGAUAGAGAGAGUUUCGUUGAGCAUAUGGAAUUGGCUGAAGUUUCAGAGCAGAGUCCAUCCCCAACAUCUAGCAUGAAAGAGUCACCAAAAGGCGACAUGAGUUGAGGAUGGGGGCUUGUUUUACGGAUUUGUACAGUGAGGUAAAUAAAUUCUUCCAAUUUGAAACUCCAAUUUUCAUGAGUCCUUUAUUCUCAAUAACUGAAAUUUCAAAUUUUUUUUUAUUUAAUUUUUGCUGUUUUUUCUUUGUUUCAUGGUUGGGAUAUAUGUAAAAAAUGGAAAUUUCUAAAUCAUUAAUUUGCCAUGGUAAGGUUUAACAGUUACUUGGGAUGGCAAAUUGUAUGGUCUUUUUAGAUUAGUUAAAUGUAGGACGAAAGGCCCUUUAUAUAUAACUUAAAUUUUGAAUGAAAAAUCAUUCCCAUUUCAGUUUUA